AUGCAGACGACCGCGACUGACAAUCAGGAUACCAGCAAUGUCCAGACGUACUUCAAGAAGCUGAAACUUGUAUGUGUCCCAUUGAUGGGCGCGUCAAAAUUAACCACUGGUUCUACUCUAACCACAACAACGCUACUCAGCCAGCUUGUUGGACUCUUAAAUGAAAUUCCACCAGAACAUCUAACGUCUAAUCUCAUUUCCUACGUGUCCCAGCCACUAUUGGUAAUGCUUCAGCGCAACUCAUCAACUGAAAUGUCAGACCAAAUUCUGGAGAAAAUCCUACUUGCUCUGAGGUCCCUGGUGGAAUCCUGGUGGUGGUCGUGCGAGAUCAACGUUUGGGAACAGAUCUUCAGACUUUGUGGCGCCAUACUUGGAGGAAUAGGCGGGAAUGCGAAAGGCAAAGGCAAGACUCGGGAUGAUGAAACAAAAGAGGCCGCAGCCUCAUGCCUUCAUACGCUCAUCCGACCCCGAACACCUGAGGAGGCUGUCAAAUGGUCUCUAGACUCCAAUGAAGCCCAGAAUCGCCUCUGUGAACUUCAAGAGCGUACGCGAAAGAAUCCUGGGUCUGUACCAAUCAUCGGCCAGACUCUCGAGUCUGCACUUGAUUGCGCAACCUCUCGCCACCUUCCAUUGCAGCGCGUUUCUUUGGAAAUUAUCGGCCUCUUGAUCGAUUUAUAUUUUCCUGAUCAACUCAUUCCAUCUGUGCUCCCAGGUGUCGCUAGUACCAUGACAAAGAUUUGUCUUGGGACGCAUCAAGGCAAAGGCUGGGCCAAUGGAGAAAUCGUGAGUCGAGGACUCCAUGCGAUGCAAGUCACCAUAGUCAAGGCCAUAGGGGACGAAGUCUGCACCAAGCAUGGGGCACUACGGCCACUCCGCGAUCUAGACGACCUCAUGAAAGUAGACGAGACUAUCGAAAACGCGGAACCCAAUAAUGAAUCGUCCUACAGCACUCGGCGGACCGAGUCAUGGCUGCGCGGAACAGCUACACAACUCCAUAUCGCAGUCAACACCCUUACCCCUCUUCUAUCGCAUCCCACUCCCUCUGCACUAAAUUCACUAUGCACGUUUUCAGCGACUUUAAUACGUUCUACACCGUUGACCCUGCCUCACACGCAGCCCCUCCUAUUGGCAUUUCUUCUGUCGCUUUCACUGUCUGACUAUCCAUCCGUGUCGUCCAAUGCACGCCAGUUGUUAACUAAUCUCCUCGACAGACCUUCCAAUGCGAAGAUUCCUCUACAACAAACGCUAAUGCAGCAACUAGGCAAUAAUUUGUCAGCUCUUCCACGCUUGCUUUCGACACAGGCCGAAUCGCGAGUCUCACACGUUGCAGGGCUCGUUGAGGCUAUCUGUCGUCUUGCUUCAGAUCAUGGGCUCCAUUCAUCUCUCUCAACAGUCGCAAAGGGAGUGGGCAAAUUACUCGGUCCUACAGGCGGGAUCGAGAAGUGGGGUUUGGGUUUACUGACCGUUUUAGAAAUCGUGGAGCCGCAAGUGGUUAUAAUGCAAACGUCUGCCGCGCAGUUGGCGCUGGAAGGCAAUCCCGAAAAUCCUCAAUUAGCCAGCUUCCCGGAGCUAGUGUUCAAAAACAUUUCAUCCCACGAAACUCGAGAUGCAUUGGAGAACAUGUUUCUUGCCCUCGGGGCCACAGGGGGCGAUUCCGCUCUUUUUGCGGUGGAAUGGUUUCUACGUUUAGGCUGUUCAGGCACCAGUUCGACAUCCGUUGCAGCCCUUUGGUGCGCGUGCCGGUUACUGGAGGGCAUCGCCCAUAUCUCCAUGCACCAGGGGGACACAGGCGCCGUACCAGUUGUUCGACCGUCGAAACGGCUGGAAAAACAAGUGCGGACUUUCGCCAGAGCUGUAUCAGAAAUAUGGGAUCAAUUGGAUCCUGUGGCCAUGGCGAACAACGACGCCACCAGUGGUAUAAACGAUGACUCUUUACUGGUGCAACAUCAAACCGGCAUCGUCCCCUUGCACGAGACGUUGAAGAUAACACAUUCAACACGUCCCAAGGUCGUGGUCAAGACCUCUCAACCAGUCGUUCACAAGGCGCUCUGCCUUCACCUCAUUGCCAUCACCGCGGGCGUCAUGCAAGAUCGUUUUAACCCUCUGUUUAUCCAUUCGUUGUAUCCUAUCCUCCGCUCUCUCGUGUCACCGUUGCCUUUCUUGGCUUCUACCGCACUUGCAACUCUCAAUUUCGUCAUCAUUUCCACGUCCUACGCUUCACCCGGCAAUCUCCUCCUAUCGAAUUUCGACUACAUCCUCGACUCUGUUUCGCGGAGAUUGACACAACGUUGGCUUGAUAUAGAUGCAACCAAAGUUCUAGGUAUUAUGGUUCGUCUUGUUGGUGCCGACAUAGUGGAGAAGGCAGGAGACGUCGUCGAAGAAUGUUUCGAUAGACUCGACGAGUUUCAUGGCUAUGCUGUGGUUGUUGACGGUCUCAUCGAAGUCAUAAUUGAAGUCAUCAAGGUCGUCGAACGCGAAGCGAGGGCAAAUCCUCCGCCAAAGUCAAAUGCAUUUGCGAUGCCAAGCACUGCUGUGAAAGUUAAUCUGGAUGAUUUCUUUUCUUUUCUUCCUCAGCGGAUGAAUGACCCUCUCCUAGAAACGGACAAGACCGACUACGGCCCAGCCCCCAGAGAGCCCUGGGAAAAGAAAGAUCAGACAGAAGACGAAAUUGACGACACCAUCGGUGCCACGAAGACAGCCCCUGUAUCCAGCCAUGAAUCCCCUCCCACGCCACUACAAGUUUUGACCAAGCAAAUGGUUACUCGAUCCAUCUACUUCCUGACUCAUGAUUCGCCAGUCAUUCGAGCUCGGAUCUUGACUCUACUCACUCUCGCGGUUCCCGUCUUAGCUGAAUCCUCUCUUCUUCCAUCCAUCCAUUCUGCCUGGCCAUUUAUCCUUAACCGCCUGGACGAUACGGAAACGUUUGUCAUCAGCGCCGCCGCCGGUUUGAUCGAAGCCCUCUCCAGAGAUGUCGGAGACUUCAUGUUCCGUAGGAUUUGGGAUGAUGUAUGGCCGAGAUUUCGCUCUAUAUUAUGGACUUUGGAGCAGGGCGAAAGCGCUGAUGCACUUACUCGUCGCAGCAAAACGAAAGUUGGCACUGACUCAGCUUAUACUCAUACGCACCGCCUAUAUCGAAGCCUAAUCAAGACCAUGACCACGGCUCUCAAAGGUGUUCAUAUCCAUGAAGUUUCCUUCUGGGAGGUGAUUGUAUUGUUUCGGCGCUUCUUGAGUCUCCACGCACACGAAGAGCUACAGCAUUGCGCAUUGCACCUUUAUGAGGAGGCAACGAAGAGUAAUCCUGAUGCAGUGUGGUUACUCUUAACUUCAACAGUGAAGGAGAUUGGCUCUGUUAUCAGCUUUCUUCAGAAAGAAAGCUGGGACCUUGGCAAAAAUGCGAGCACACUUUUGAACUCCGUAGAAUAG